AACCCAUAACCAAACUUUGGCCCCCCACCAUUUACUUACUAGUUUAUAUAUAUAACCCCACUCGUCAGUUUCAGAUUGCCCCAAGGGGAAAAGAGGUGUGCAGAGAGGAAAUUAAAAUGGUUAACCUCGUUGCAGCGCAGAGGCCUUUGUUGCAUGGCUUAAUGAAGAUGGCCGGAGUCCGGCCAUACUCGGUGGAGAUCCAACCGGGCACCGUCAUGAACUUCUGGGUUCCGAAGGAAACCAUCGAAAAACCCAAGAAAGGUGAGAAGGUUGCCGCCUUGGGAAAACCGUCGAAACCGGUGGUUGUCCUGGUGCAUGGGUUUGCUGGGGAGGGGAUUGUGACGUGGCAGUUCCAAGUCGGUGCCUUGACAAAGAAAUAUUCCGUUUACAUUCCCGACCUCCUCUUCUUCGGCGGGUCAAUCACCGACAGCGCAGACCGGACACCGAGUUUUCAGGCGGAGUGUUUGGUUAAGGGGUUGGAGAAACUUGGAGUGGAGAAGUGCACGGUGGUUGGGUUCAGCUACGGUGGGAUUGUGGCGUUUAAGAUAGCAGAGAUGUACCCUAAUUUGUUGGAGGCGAUGGUGGUGUCUGGGUCGAUCAUGAACAUGACGGACUCGAUCAGGGGAGAGGCACUGAACCGGUUAGGAUUCUCAUCUUCGUCGGAAUUACUGUUGCCUACCUCUGUUAAGGGUCUCAAAGCUCUCCUCUCCGUGGCUGCCUACAAAAAACUAUGGUUCCCUGAUCGGCUACAUAAGGACUUCCUUGAGGUGAUGUUCACCAACAGGAAGGAGAGAGCUGAACUUCUUGAGGCUUUAGUCCUUAACAGGGAUGAAGCUGGAAAUAAGGAUUCCAGCAUCCCCUGUUUCCCACAGAGAAUACAUCUCCUGUGGGGUGAGAAUGACGAAGUCUUCAAGCAAGAACUCGCCCUCAAUAUGAAAGAGUAUGUCUUCCUUUACAUGUAUAUAAAUGAAAUUCCAAAUUUUAUAGACAGAAAUCAAUGAGCAAUAGAAGAAUAUAAACUUACUUUCACCAUUCAAUAGAAUGUUGUAUACACACUUAGGUCAUCUCACAUUGAUAUGGAAGUACUUAAAAGGAUUUGCUUGAUGCACUUACAGACAGCUAGGGGAGAAUACAACAUUUCAGGGCAUAGAGAAGGCUGGUCACUUGGUUCAUCUGGAGAGGCCCUGUGUCUACAACAGGUGUCUCAAGCAGUUCCUUGCUUCCCUCCAUGCAGAUAAAAAGAAGAAAUAAUGCCACUGAUCCUGUUAUUCCCUUCUCUUCUCUCUGUUGCGGCUCUCUGGAGCGGGGUUGGAACUUGAAAGCUUUGUAAUACAUUGUAUUUGUAAUCUCUUGGCAUGUCUUUUGGUGAAGACCUCAUGAUAAAUAAAUUUCAUUAAAGAAGAAUUUCAUUUUUAUAUUUUUUUUUCCUCCAGCUUUUCUUGACAAUAUACGACUAACUCAUGUAGAAACUUGACACAUACACAUGAAACAAUACAUAUUUUAGAAAGCAGAUUAGGGUGGAUACUAGAUAGAUGCAUAUGAUAGCAGUUUUUCAUCUGAAGGAUGACUGAAUUUCUUCCAGACUUCUUCCUUUUGUUUCAGGGACCCACAAGCUCACAAAAAAAACAGUGAAAGCAGCCACAAUUGCAUAGAUAGUGAAGGUCCCUGUUUCAGGG